AUGUUUUGGUUGUUGACGCAAAAAUUGGAAUUGACAACAGUAUAUUCGCCAUCGAUUUUAGUUUAUAUAAGGAAAGACCUAAAACCUCUUGCGAUCGAUCAAAUUAAUGCCCAAAGCAUUUACUAUGAGCAAGGUCCUCAUUAUAGAAAAGAUUUACCUCCUGAUUUUCACAUAUCCCCAAUAAGCCACCCGUCUACUUCUUCAACAAAUUUGGGCAAUGGUAAUCUAAAUAGAGAUAUUGACAGUUAUUCAAGAAAACAGAAUAAUAUUCUAUCUGUUGAAAAAGAACCUAAUUCCCAUCAAAAAAUUGAAUUACAAAGCCUGAGCUUACCUAAUAGCAGCGGUUUUCAAGAUAAUAGGCAAAUAAUAUUAAGCGCAAGCGCUAUAGCUAAUUAUUUCACUGAAUUACAAGAGAAAUUAGCUGAAAAGAUAGAAAAGGAUAUCGAAAAUAAGUCCGAAAGCAUGAUAGAGUGGUUAUUAGCUCAAUGUGAAGAGAAGAUACAUUCAGCAGCCGAUAUUAUAGAAACAAAAAAUUCUAACAGCACUAUAGCUAUGGAGUAUAAGCUAGAAAAAGAUUUCCAUCGCAUUAAAGAAGUGCUUACAAAUAAAAUGAAAGAAUUAGAAAAAUUCUCCAAGGACAAUGAGCGAAAACAAAAUAAUUGCCCAAGCCCAGAAGAAUUCCUUAAAAAUGAUAGGGUAUUGGAUUAUAUAAAAUCAGUGGUAAAUGCAAAUAGCAGUGAAAUAAUUUCCAAAUUAAAUGAAUUGGAGUUCAAAUCCACCAACUCUCCUCUAGGUAGUCAGUAAAACCAUUAUAAAAAUCACUAUUUAUGAAAAUAGAGUCCCAUUCGGUUAAUUAUAAUAAUGAAUUAUUAAGCAAAUUAUAUUAAAAUUUAGAUAGCUUGCUUAAUAAAUUUCAUCAAUUAAUAUUACAAAUAUUAACAAAUUUGGAUAUUUUAAACGCGGAAAAUAUAAAUAAUAAAAAACAUUAACCUUUUUUUCUCGCCAGCAAGAGGAGAGUAAAGCUACUGCAAGUAUUGAAACCUGUAAAGAAUAUACCAAUAUUCAAGUUCAGGGCAUUAAAUCUGAAUUAAAUAAGUUGAAUAAAAAUUGCAAAUCCAAUAGUGACAGUAUAAACGCACAUUUUGAGGAUUUAAAUAGAAAAAUUGAAAGAAUUGAAAAUGAAAACAAAAUUUCUAUUGAAAAAUUAAAAUCGCAAUUAAAUUACAUUGAGGAAAUAGAAAAUAAAUCUGAUGCAAAGCUAGAAAGUCUUUUAAAUGAAAUUGAGAAAUCAAAGAAUUAUAACAAGGAUAUACAAGAUUGGCAAUUUCAUGCUAAUAAUGACAUCAAAAGUAUUAAAAAUGAAAUAGAGGAAUAUAAAUCUUAUACCGAAAAGCUUUUGGCUCAAAGCAAUGACUUAAAUAAGGGAUUGGGGGAUUGGAAAUGGCAAGUUGAUAAUAGCAUCGAAAAUAUACUAAAAAGCAACGAUACUAGCAAGAAUAAAAUAGCUGAGCUAGAGAGCAACAUAGAAUUAGCAGUUAAACAGUUAAAAGCAAUUGAGGAAGAAAUAGAAAAAUAUAAGUCUGAAAUUUUCAGACAAUCUGUUGUUCGCUCAAAUGAACCUAAAACCGAGUAUCAGAUAAUUGGCCAGACAGUGACUCUGCCAUCAAGACAAAAUAUAUUUUCUGAAGAUUAUCAAGAAGCUGAAAGGCAAAGACGGUCCUUAAAUACUCAGACUCAAACUCUACCGACAAGAUCUCUAAUUUAUAGCAAAUCAGGCUUGCCAAAUAUAGGAAAUACCUGCUAUAUGAAUUCUGUUAUACAAAUAUUAGCAAGUAUUUCUGAAUUUACAAAAUCAAUAAGCAGCAUUAGUAGCAAUAAAUUAUUACAGAGCCUGAAUUCAGUUAUAUCAUUAAUGAAUAGUAAUGCUUCAAAGAUAUCAAUAAUGCCACAUAUCAGUGAAUUUAAAGAUAUAAUUUCAAAAGAAUACUCGAUGGUAAUAUUUAUUUAGUACGCUGGAAGGUCUCCAAAUGAUUCAAAAGAGCUGUUUUUAAUCAUCUCAGAUAAAAUUGAAGAUGCAAAUCCUUUUAAAGUGGCUAAAACGCAAACUUUUACAUGCCCUUACAAGCAUAAAUCAUAUGUCGAAGAAUCUUCAAAUUUUAUAAUUAUUCCAAAAAAUUCCCAAAGCAAUAUAAGAGAAUUUUUAAACAAUAUUGUUGGAGAAAAGAAGUAUUUUAAUUGGGAAAAUCAGCUAAUGUGCGACAGAUGUGGAGAACUGAGAGAUAUAACUCUGGAAACUGAAAGAGUUGAUUGGCCUGAUAUUUUAACAAUUUAUAUGCCUGAUCACCAAGGUUUUAAUGAAAUACCAGAUGAGUUGCAGAUUAGUAAUGAAACUUAUCAAAUUUUUGGAGUAAUAUGCUAUUAUGGGUUUCAUUUCAUAGCAUUUACUAAGAAUAAUAGCGAAUGGGAGAAAUAUGAUGAUGAUAUAGUCAGCAAAAAUGACCCUGAUUGGCAUAAGCUCUAUCUUGCGUUUUACAAGAAGAAAAAAUACCAUUAA